AUGCCGCCACCAUCUCAAAAGAACGCCGGCCAGGCGAGCAUCAGCGCCUUCUUCAAACCCAAGGCCGGCUCCCAGAUCAUCACGAAGGCGUCUCAGCCAGAUCCCGUCUCGAGCAAUGGCCACGCUCGAACCUCGAGCUUUUUCGAUGGCGAGGCGUCCUCCUCGGGUGGACCUGCGCUCAAGCGGCCGAGGGCGAGCAACAAUGACGACGAAAGGCCCCGCCGCGAGACCAUCGAUCGUAUGGGCAAGUGGAAGUUCACAGCGGUUAAGACGUCCAGCAGCCAGGCUUCCGAACUCGGCAGUGCCUCUCAAGAGACCACGGCACGCUCACAGAAGGAGCAAGCACGCCACGAAGCUUUCCGCAAGAAGCUGCUCGGAUCUAACUUCGCCGUGGACCGCCACGCUCGGAACCAGAUGCAGAUCGAGGAGAUGUCCAGCAGGGACCCUUUCUCGCCGAGCACAGGAGCCGAGGACGACGCUAUUGUGGUGGACGACGACGAGGAUUAUGCAGCCGAGGCUGGCAGCUCCAAUCGCUUCGAUCGCUUUGCUGCCGGUGCUCCCUCUUCCUCUCGACGCGACAGCGCCAGCAACAAAACGAAGGGCAAAGGCAAAGCAGCCGAUCCGGACGCCGGACCCACGUACACGCCCCUGGAGAAGCAGAUCCUGGAGCUGAAGGCGGCGCAUCCUGGCGUACUACUCAUCAUUGAAGUCGGCUACAAACUCAAAUUCUAUGGAGAGGAUGCUCGCAUAGCGUCCAAGGAGCUCAACAUCAUGUGUUUCCCCGAACGCAACCUUCUAACUGCGAUGAUUCCCGUUCACCGCCUGCAUAUCCACGUCAAGCGUCUCAUUCAAGCCGGCCACAAGGUGGGCGUCGUUCGCCAAAUCGAGACUCGCGCUCUUAAAGCAGCAUCGAAGAACGCGUACACACCCUUCGUCCGCAAGCUCACUGCGCUCUACACGGCCAGCACCUGGAUCGACGAUCUCUCCAGCUCGGACGAUCUGGCCGCUACGAUGGGCGAGGCGUACACGAACCAACCAAAGAGCCUCUUGGCGAUCGUGGAGCAGUCAGAAGGAGGCAACGGACCGGAAGACAGGGUCAGCAUCGGGAUCAUCAGCGUCGAAGUCAAUACUGGCCACUUGACCUACGACCAGUUCACGGACGGCCAUGCAAGGACCGAGCUCGAGACGAGGAUCGCUCAUCUCGCGCCUGCUGAAGUACUUGUUCCGCCCAAGCUCACCAAGCCGACUGAGAAGGUCAUCUCGUAUCUGCUUGGCAACGGAGCGGAAGGCGGAGUCAGGAUCGAGCGACUCGAGACCAAGCCGGACUACAAUCAGGCCUUCCAAGCCGUCACUCACUUCUAUCGCGAUCGAGUUCCUUCUGAGGUCUCAGGCAAUGACCCAGAAUCUGCACCUGUACCGACAGAAGGCGCCAGCGGCGACUCGAGUCCGCUGAUGUCGGUCAUUCUCUCGCUCCCUCACCUCUCGCUCAUCGCUCUGGCGCAGAUCAUCCAGCAUCUGCAAGCAUUUCAGCUCGAGUCGAUCUGCACACUCUCGACCAACUUUCUAUCGUUCUCCUCGCGCACAACGAUGCUUCUCAACAGCAACACGCUGGCCAAUCUCGAGAUUUUCCGCACGGCCGACGAGCAGACGGAGCGCGGCAGUCUCAUUUGGCUUCUCGACAAGUGCAAGACAGCCAUGGGCAGACGACUGCUACGCAAGUGGGUCUCCAAGCCGUUGACCGAUGUCGACAAGCUGGAAGAGAGGCUCGAUGCAGUACAAUCGCUCCGAGAUGGCAAGGGCUACGUGUUGCGAACGCUGCCCAACCUGCUUCACGGUCUUCCAGAUCUCGAACGAGGACUGGCCAGGAUGACGUACGGCCGAGCGACACCCACCGAGCUCGCAACAGUGCUGUUGUCGCUCAAUCGAGUCACGCAGGAGUUCAAAGCGGAGGAAGCAGCAACAUGUAACACCCAGUCUUCACUCAUCGAGGCGAAUCUGAUGUCUCUGACAUCAGGCAAGCUGCCGGUGCAGACGUAUCUCAACCAGAUUUCGAUCAAGGAAGCGCGAGCGAACAACAAAGCCGACCUAUUUCCGGAUCCGGACCUAUACCCUGCCAUCCAGACAUCGAAGGAUAACAUCGCGAUCAUCGACACCGAGCUUCGUGAGCACCUGCGAGAGAUACGCAAGAUCCUCCACCUCCCGAGUCUGGAGUACGUCAGCGUCGCCGGUGCCGACUACCUCGUGGAGGUGAGGCAGGCAGAUGCGAAGAAGGUGCCGGUGGAAUGGCUGCGUAUCAGCGCGACCAAAGCCAUGGUGCGCUUCCACACGCCCGAGGUGAUCCGGCUGACCAAGAUCCGGGAUCAGCACAAGGAGACGCUCGACGCUGCGGCCGAAGAGGCGUUCUCGGGCUUCAUCAGCGAUAUGUGCAAGAACGAGUACGUAGCGCUACGCAACGUGGUAGCGAGCUUGGCCACGCUCGAUGUGCUUGUCUCGCUGGCGGAGGUAGCUAACGCGUCCGGCUACACGCGGCCUGUGUUUGAUAGGACGCCUGCAUCUGCGGACAACGCAUCGGUGCCGGUGGAGAUCAAAGGCAUGCGGCAUCCGAUCCUCGAAGUUGUCUCGCCGCUACCCUACAUACCCAAUGACAUCGCGCUGUCGACGCCGAGCUCGACACCGUCGAUUUUGCUGACGGGCUGCAACAUGGGCGGCAAGUCGUCCACCGUCCGAACGCUCGGGCUUCUGAUCAUCAUGGCGCAGAUCGGCUCGUUCAUCCCUGCUACCUCUGCGCGACUUGGCAUCCACGAUGGAGUGUACGUCCGCAUGGGUGCGCGCGACUCGAUGUUCAGCGGUCGAUCAACGUUCAUGGUGGAAGUCUCUGAAACAGCCGACGUCCUGCGUUCCGUAACACCACGAAGCCUCGUCAUCCUCGACGAGCUCGGUCGAGGGACUUCCACGUACGAUGGACUGUGCAUCGCAUCUGGCGUGCUGGAGUACCUCCUCACCCUGCCGCGCAUGCCCAACGUCCUGUUCAUCAGCCACUACUUCCAACUCGGUGCGCUCGAGGCACGCUUCCCGGACAAGAUACGAAACUUCCACAUGACCUUCAUCGAGACCUCGAGCACGGCAUUCGAGGACUUUGACGGGCUCGACGAGUCGGAAGAGAAAGGCGAGAUCGAGUUCCUGUACAAGCUGCGUCGCGGGAUUGCGAACAAGAGCUUCGGCAUCCACUGUGCCAGGUUGGCCGGUCUGCCGAACGAUAUCUUGCAGAGCGCGAGUAGGAUCUCGGAGAACAUGGAAGAGAGGUAUCGCAGCAAGAAGCAGGUUAAGGAGCGGAAGGAUGUAGUUCGACUCUUCAAGCAGGAUCCGGACGAGGGGGUGUUGGUCAAGCUGGAUCAGAUCGCCUCGCACACUUUGUAA